CAGCAGCAGAAAAAAACGGUUCGCGGCCAUUUUGAGCAAAACCCAAAGUGCGUGUGUGAACAAAGCCGUACGGUGUGAAAUCGGAACGUUUUUUCGCGGAUUUUACCGUGCAAAAUAUGCCAGUGAAUGGCCAAAAGUUGGUGAAUUUUACGCGCAAACGAUAAUCGCAACGCUUUACGAUGGAUACGGUGCGAAUUUUCAACCAGGAGCUCUCGGGGCUGUACGAAGCGAAGCCGCCGAUCUCCAAGGCCAAGAUGGCCUCGAUAACCCGGAGUGCGAUGAAGGCCAUCAAGUUCUACAAGCACGUCGUGCAGAGCGUCGAAAAGUUCAUCUCCAAGUGCAAGUCGGAGUACAAGAUUCCGGGGCUGUACGUGAUCGAUUCGAUCGUGCGCCAGUCGCGGCACCAGUUCGGCACGGAAAAGGACGUGUUUGCGCCGCGGUUUGCCCGCAACAUGGAGGCAACGUUUGCGCACCUGUUCCGCUGCCCGCCGGAGGAUAAGAGUAAAAUCAUCCGCGUGCUGAACCUGUGGCAGAAGAACAUGGUGUUCGCGCCGGAGACGAUCCAGCCGCUGUUCGACCUGGCCAAUCCGGAGCAUCCGAUUCAUCUGCAGUACAACGCAUCGCUGGCCGCCGGAGGUGGCGGAGCGGACCAGUCCGGUACGGGCUCGAACGGUGCCGGUGGCCUCAACACGUCGGCCAUGUCGCACGAUUCGCCCGGUCCGAUGUCGCACGACGACCAUCACAGUAGCGGAGGCGGCGGAGGUGGUGGCGGCGUGGGCGGUUCCCAAUCGUCGGAUCCGAGCAAAGUGUUGGACCAGAACACGAUCCGCCAGCUGCAGCAGUUCCAGCAGAUUCUGAUGCGCCAGACGAGUGGGAGCGCCUCGGAAGCGGCCAAGAACCAGGUCAAGUUCGACAAGAAGCUGCUGGCGGCGGACUUUGACUACGGGAGUGAGGACGAGGAGGACAAGAACUCGCCGUCGGUGCCGUCGACGACGCUGCUGCCCGACGGAGGCAACAUCGCGGCCAUCCUGUCCGAUCCGAACGUGCUGAAGCAGUUGCAGCAGCUGCAGAACCUGCAAAAGCUGAAGCAGCACGAGAUGGAGGAAAAGCAGAGCAAACUGACGGAGAUGCGCCUGCAGGAGGAAAAGUUCGAAAAGCAUCUGGCCAGCGUCCUCAAGGUACCGACGAACAACAGCACUUUCGCUGCCAUUACUAGCUCUUCUUCUAUUAGCAAUCUCACCACUGCCCACCAGCAGCUGAUGAAGAAUAAACUACCCUUCGCCAACGAGUGCGACCUGAGCCGGCAGCCGGCGAUCGACCUGAACGCGGGUUUGUCCUCGUCCAAGGAUGGCGACGGUGAUGACUUCGGCAUGGUCACGGAGGUCAUCAGCGAUACGCACAGCUCGUCGCCGCGGAGUCUGCCCCCGGACAACACGUACAAGUCGUCGACCUCGUCGCGUCGUAGGAAGAGCCGCUCGCGGUCGCGCGAUCGUGGACGUGAUCGGGACCGCGGAGGUCGCAGCCGUCGAUCGCGGUCGAGGUCACGCAGCCGGUCGCAUUCGCCGCGCCGCGGAGGAGGAACCAGCGGCCGAGGUGGACGCGGGUCAUCGCGGGACCGUGAACGGGAACGGGCCAGCCAGAAGGACAAGGAACGGGACAAGGAGCGCGAGCGAGAGCGCAAGAAGCGCGGACUGCCGGAGAUUCGAAAGGAGCACCUGAGUGUGUGCAGCACGACGCUGUGGGUGGGCCACCUGUCCAAGCUGGUCCAGCAGGAGGAGCUGUCCGAUACGUUCGGCAAGUACGGCGACAUUGUCAGUAUCGACCUGAUUCCGCCCCGGGGGUGCGCCUUUAUCGUGAUGAACCGGCGCCAGGACGCGCACAAGAGCAUGCAGAGCCUGAAGAACCACAAGAUGCACGGCCGCACCAUCACCAUCUCGUGGGCCACCGGCAAAGGCGUCAAGAGCAAGGAGUGGAAGGACUACUGGGACAUUGAGCUGGGUUGCAGUUACAUUCCGUGGAGCAAGGUUAGCCACGCGACCGACCUGGAAGCGCUGGAGGAGGGUGGCAUGUUCGACGACGAAACGAUGCCCCAGUGGCUGAAGGACAAAAUCGCCAACAAGGGCGCCGCAAGCGAUCCGGCGACUGCCACUGCUGCAGUUGCUGCCGCGGCGGCCGCAGCCAGUCUGAUCAAUCCGAUGUACCCGUUGGACACGAGCCAACCGCCGCCACCGCCCACGAUGCUGGCAGCUGCCGGAAUGGCAGGCCUGGCCGGAUUCCCGCUGGGUGCGCGCCUCCCAAUGAUGGGCCUGCCGUUGAUGGCCGGACUGGGCAUGAACGUUCCACCACCGAAUCUGAUGAUGGCCGCUGCCGCCAAUCCGCCACCACUUCCGAUGGGUGCUGGCUUUGGAGCCCUUCCGCCACCGCCCCCGUCCUCGAACGUGGUCAACCUGGUCAGCGGAGACGAAAUGGACAUCGAGAUGGAGGACGAAAACUCCAACUCGAACCACCCGCUGCAACCCCCGGCGGACCCGUCCGCGUUCUUCAACCAACCUCCACCCCCGUUGAUGCCGCCGGACUUUAACCGAAACAACCCGAUGGCCGGACUUAACCAGCAGGGCAUGGAUGCUGGCGGGGACAACAACGAGCGCGGUGGCCGUGGAAAUCGCGGCAACGACUUUGAUCGUCGUGGCGGACGCGGAGGCGAUCGGGGCCGUCGAGACUUUGACCGGGACGGUGGCGGCAACAACAGCCGGGAUGGGCCGGGAGGACGCGGACGGAGAAACUUCCGCGAUGGCAGCCAGGAGGGUCAGGAUCGGAAUGAACCGCGACAGAGCCGGUGGGGAAGCAACGAUCGGAAUCGCGGAGGAGGAGGAGGCGGUGGAGGAAGCGACAACGGACGGGACGAUCGGCCACUGUCGGAGCGACUGCGCGAACUGGCCGGGGCAGACUUUAGCCAGCGCAACGAUGGCAACGAUCAGCAGGGGCCGGGACAGCAGCAACAGUUUGGUGGGCGGAACUUUAGAGGUGGUCGCAAUAUGAACAACGAUGGCGAUGAUUUCAACAAUCGCGGAGGAGAUGACUUUGGCGGAGGACGCCGGGGUGGUAACUUCCAGCAGGGAGGACGCUUCCAGAAUCAGCGCGGAGGUCGCUUUAACAAUCGGGGAGGUCCUGGAGGAGGAGGUGGGUUCAUGCACAAUCGUCAACAGCAACAGCGCGGUGGUUCAGACGGUGGCGACAUGCAGCAGGGCGGACCGAUAAACAUCAUGUCGCUGAUAUUCAACAAUGAAGACAUGCCGGGCGGCGGAAUGGACGGUGGCAACAUGGACCCGGACAUGAUCCAGGAGCAGAUGCAGCAGCAGUUCUUCGACGGUGGUAACAACAACAACAACAACUUUGGAAAUCGCCGCGGUGGAAACAACUGGAAUGAUCGUGGAAACCGAGGUCGGGGUGGCAAUUGGCGCGAUAAUAACGACGGCGGGGACAAUAGCGAUGGUGGUGGCGGAAGAGGUCGGUUUGGUCGCCGUGGAGAUCAACAGCAGCGCGGAAAUCAACGCCGGAAUGACUUUGGUGGAUUUGGUGGAGGAGAUGAACAGCAGCAGCAGCAUCAUCAAGGAGGAAGGGGAGGUCAAGGGGGAGGAAUGAGGUGGGAUGAGAACGACGAAACUUGGGAUGAUUUGCCGGCGGCGAAGCCGCGCGGGGAUAAUCGUCCUCCUCCGCGUGAGGACAAUCGUCCUCCCCAGCGUGACGAACCGGUCCAGCAGCAGAAGCCGCGCGAAGAACCCCAGCGCGAUUCGCAGGACACGGGAAUUCUCGGUGGCGGCGAUGAGUGGGAGUGCGACGCACCGACGCGCAUUGCUCCGAUCUUUUCGGAACCUGCUCGCCAGGAGGAGCCGCCGUCUUUCGGUGGUGACUCGGCUGGUGGCGGCGAUUCCAAGCAGGACCGCCAGGAAGGUGGCAACGUAACUCCGCUGUUUGACGAGUCCGCGCCGGCACCGGCCGCGGCUCGCGAGCCGGAAAUGUUCCGCAAUUCGAGUCCUCCGCCCAGCAGAGUAGAGCGUGACCCGGAACCGGAGCCCCAGAGAGCACCAUCUCCGGUGCCGAACCGACCCCAGUUGUACUCGCCUUCGCCGCCGCCGCAGGCUGCACCGGAAGAGCGCUUUGAAGAGCGUAGUUUCCAGCAGGAGCAGCAGUCACCGCAGCAAGAACAGUUCCAGCCGGAGCCGGAACCGCAGCGUUUCGAGCCGGAACCGGUGCGGGAGUCUGCUCCAGACCCGCAGCACUUUGCCGAUGAGGCACCUCCUCCUCAGGCAGAGGCCGUCGACGCUGGUUCUGCUGCGGCACCUCCUUCGGAGGAAUCCGGCGCGCCGCCGCAAACGGACGAAGCUUAAGCCGAAAGUGUGUUUAUCUUCUACUCUGGACAAAGCGUGAAUAUGAAGAAUCCGUAUUCAACCCGUGUCGUUGCAGCAAGGUAGGAACAAGUUUUACUCUGUAAAAAGAAUAUGAACGAUAAUAGCAAAAUGACAGCAAUCCCAAUUUUUAUUUUGGAAUGUACUCAAAUCCCGGUGUUGCUUACCUGUAGAAAAAGGAAACAAUUUCGUAAACAUUUACCACAAAUACAUAAACAAAAAAAUCGCUUAGAUGGAUUAGGUUGCAAAACGCGAACAAAUCGUGCAGAAAUUCUUUGCAACAGCUCGUUUCAUGUUUGCAAAACAAAACCAAUAGAAACUUACACUUACAUAAUAAUAUAUAAAAAUUAAAGGAAAAAAAAAUCAACUUGAAUUAUUAGCAAACAAAUUGGAACUGUGAUAUUGGAUGCCCUAGACUGUGAGGUGACGCAACCAGCAUUUCUUAAAACAGACCUUCACUGUAAAAGAAAAUACGAGAUUAGCUAGCCAAAAAAAAAAAAGAGAGCAAAUAAAUCAUUCAAGAGAUUUGUCAAACUAGCAAAAUCAAACCGCUGCUUGUUUUGAAAUGUUCGAAUAAGAGAAAAACACGAGGAAAACUCGCGCAAAAAAAGAAAGGUAAGGAGAAUCGCAGCGUCAUCAGCAGCAGCGGAAGCCGCGGCGUGGGACUCCGAGAAGAAGAGAAGAUACUCGCGCGCGCGCUUGCACUCGAGUUGAGUGACUUGUGCAAGGUACAGUGCAAAAACCAUCAUACCUACAUUAAAAUUCGUUUAAUUUUAAUUUAAAAGAAAACAAAAAAUAAUGCUUGGAAAAGUUAAAGCGAGCACAACAAGCUAGGGCAACGGCGAAAAUAUCACAGUGACAGUUUUGUGUUGUCUAUUAGAACGUAGUUUUUUGCAUAAUCUAUUUCCCCUUCUUUUCCCUCUCUCUUUUUGAUCAAAUGAAAUACUUACAUGUUUGAACUAAAUACAUACACUUUAAACAGUUGAAAAUAACUGAUUAUUGCGCGCGGCAAGCGCGCGAAAUUAAUAUAUCGAUGGUAUCAAGUAUAAACAUAAUUGAAUGAAGCAUAAUAAACAUUUACGUUACAUCCUAGAGUGGUUGAAAAACAAUAA